AUGGCCGACAAACAACAAGGCGGUGCCGGUGCCGCGCAGUCCGCAGCUGAUUCUGGUGGAAGCGUGCCCGUCAACAUGGCAGAAUACAAGAAAUCUCAGGCGCGCGUGCGCGAUCUUGUUGAGAAGAGGAGACUUUUGGAAAAGAGACUCGCCCAGGUCGAAGACGGAAUCGCCUCCAAGGAGCUGGCAUACCUCGAGAGCGCGCCGAGCGGGAACAUCAUCACUGGAUUCGACAACUACAUGAAGGGCACGAGCGGCGCCGCUGCGCAGAGGCGGAAGACAGGUCCCCCGGAGCAGAACCGGGUCUUUUCGCGGUCGUCCAUCUCGUACCGACCCAACAACGUUGUGAGUAGAACUUGUUGCCCGCUCCCCACGGAUGCGCCGCGCCGGGGCGACUCUGCUACGCCGGGCUCGACACCUGCAUCGCAUGCCCCGACCCCCAUGUCCGCCUCGUUUAAGGACAGCGGGAACGCCACGCCUACUACUGCCGGAGGAAGCAAGAACCAGAAGAAGGGCAAGAAGGACGUGGACGACAGCGAGGCUGAGUCAGGGACAAAUAAGAAGAGGACGAACUUUGGGGCGUCUCGAAAGUAG